AUGUUUAUCUCAGAUGUUUAUAAAUCAAAUAACAAAAUGCAGUUAGCUCUCGCAUUGUAUAACAAUGAACGUGAUGAAGAAGAUGAACUUGAGUUUCGAAAAGGUGAAAUAUUAAAUGUAUUAAUUGAAAAUCCAAAUGGUCUGAUGGGAUGGAUGCUUUGUGAAAAAAAUGGACAAUGUGGAAUAUGUCCUGGCAAUCGUUUACGUUUAUUAUCAAGUAUAACAACUCCAACAACUUCAACUACAAUGAAUAAUAGUAGAAAUAAAAAUAUUAUUAGUUCAAAAUCAAUGUCAUCAAGAUCAUCAUCAUCGUCUUCAUCUCAAGUAUACGAAUAUGUAAUACCAUUAAAUCAAUAUCGUUCAGAAUACGAUAUGCCAUCAAUUCAAUAUGAUUAUGAUAUUCCUAUAUCAGCUCAUGAAAAUGAUUAUGAUAUUCCUCGAACUGCAACAAUAACUGAAACAAAAAAAAUUGAAUCGGAUUCUCCUACAACUCUUAAUUCAUCAUCUGAAUCAUCAUCACGUUCGUCUGGAAUCUAUUCAACAUCCACAAGUAAUCCAACUGAUAUAUCAAAAUGUUCAUCACAAUAUUCAUUGAUUCAACGAUCUAAAUCAUCAGACACAUACAUAACAGAUAAAAUUCCAUUAGAUGAAUUUCCUGCUCAAUUUCGUAAAUUAUCUAUUCGUUCAUUAUUACCCGAUAAAUUUCGUGAAUUACUUCUUGUUUGCGAUGAAUUAUUACAGUCAUCUUCAACAAAAUUUGAUCAAUUUUCAAAAUUAACCACUAUAUGUUUUGAAUAUUGUGAGAAUGGUUAUCAAUUUUUAUCUGAAUAUGGUUGUUUAUUUGAUCGUCACACAUAUAAACAAUUUAAAGAUAUUCUCAUAAAAAUUGAACAUUCUCUAUCACAAUUUCAACAAAAUUUAAGAGAAAAUAAUAAUGUUAAUGAUGAAUUAAUAUCUCAAAUAAAAUAUUUUUCAACAUUAUCUAAAGAUAUGUUCAAUUUAAUACGAUCAACAAUUGAAUUAAAAAUAAAACAAAAACACGAUAGUAUAUCGACAAUACCAAUCGAAACAUUAAAAAAAUUAAAUUUAAAACCCAUUGCUACAAAUUAUGAUGAGAAUGGUGAAGAUGAUAAUAAACAACUACAACUACAAUCAUCAGUGUCAAUGAACAGUGUCUAUGAUACGAUUGACAAUAGUAAAACAGAUUCAAGUUCUAUUGUUAAUAGUACACGACCGUUACUAAAUAAUUCCAAAACAUGUCAUGUAAAUUUAUCAAACGAAAAUUCUUAUUAUCCAAUCACUUCAACUACUUCCUCUACUUCCACAUCUCAUGAUAAAAAACGUUUAACAGACACGUAUGACUAUAUUGAAGAUGAUUAUUCGACUACAACUAGUGAAACUGAUACACCAUCACAAUCAUCAGAUUUAUUAAAAUAUUAUUAUCGUCAUAUUAAUGAACAAAUAGAUUUAAUGAAAUUACGUUAUGAUAAAUUAAUCAAACGUACAAAACGUCGAGAUGGUUUAGUUGAUUCAUCAUACGAUAAUUGUUAUUAUUCGACGACGGUCAUUGAUCGUAGUAAACAAUUGACAUUAGAUGAAGCAAAAAAAUUUAUCGUUGGAGGACAUAAACUUGUUUUUGUUAUUGAAACAUUACAACAAUAUGCCGCAGGAAGUACAAAUACAAAUAUUUUAUCAAUAUUAUUAACGGAAUUAUGCGAUUCAUUAGCAAACGUUGUCUUGUUUAUUAAACAAAUUGUGAAUAGUAGUGAUGGUGAUAAUAAACAACAAAUAGUUAAUGAUGAUUUUAAACAAAAAGCACAACAAGUUAUGAAUAUAGUGACCAAAAUUAAACAACAUGUCAAUAAAAUGUGA